AUAUUCAAAUCUGUUGAUUUCUGUCAGGCUAAUCUUUCCAAUCCUUCAUCCUGUCAGAGGUUGUUCAAGGAUUCAAACGGUCUUGGGUUCGAUUAUGUUUUCAAUUUAGCAGCUGAAACUAAAUACGGACAGACAGAGGAGGUGUACAAGGAGCUGGUUUAUAAUGUCAGUGUUAAUUGCGCCAGAGAAGCAGCUGCCACUGGAGUCAAGAGAUUCAUUGAAGUAUCCACUGCUCAAGUCUACAACAGUGACAAGGGAAUCAGCUCUGAGGAUAGUAAAGUUGAUCCGUGGACAUUAAUUGGAAAACAUAAACUGGAGGCAGAGAAAUCCCUAGCUACUAUACCAGAUUUGAAGUACGUAAUACUGAGACCAGCCAUAGUCUAUGGGAUUGGAGACAAAUAUGGAAUAACCCCUAGACUGAUAAUUGGUGCUGUUUAUAGACAGCUUAAAGAAAAAAUGGAGCUGCUCUGGACCAAAGACUUGAGAAUGGACACUGUUCAUGUUCAUGACUUGAGUAGAGCAAUGUGGCAUAUUAAGGACACUGGGACCAAUGGAGAGAUAUACAACGUGGUGGAUCAAGGACACUCAACUCAAGGAAGUAUAUCAGAAUUAGUAUCGACCAUAUUUGGUAUCCGAUAUGGUUACCAUGGUACCGUCCUGUCUAACCUGGCGAGACUGAACAUGACUGAUGUGGUUGAUGGUUCCAAUGAGAAGCACCUGGGCCCAUGGUCUGAGGCUUGCAAUGAAUGUGGUAUCGUUAAUACUCCUCUCACACCUUACCUGGAUAAGGUACUGUACAUGUACAUAGGUCUAUUAUUA